AUGGAAAACGUCCCUAACAACUCUAGAGCAAACAAGCGUUCAAAAGGCCGUCAGAGAAUUCCCAUGGACCGACGUCGGGAGAAGGAAGAAGAUCGACAAGUCACUUUUUCCAAACGUCGUAGUGGAUUGUACAAAAAGAUCAGUGAAUUGAGUAUCGUUUGUGCUAUUGAUUUUAUUAUCAUGAUCUUAUGUCCAUCAGGGAAGCUCUUCUCUUUUGCUUCUCCCAACAUGGAAUUGAUUGCAAUGAAACUACUCAAUAACAAGAAACUAGAGAAUAACAUGGUAACCAAUUGUCCUAUUGAGGCGUCAUUAAGAGAAAAUGUGGCUAGACUAACAAGCCAACUUGUUGAGGUAGAGAAUCUUUUAGAUCGGGAGAAAAAAAGAGAACAAGAAAUAGAUAAAAUGGUUAGAUCACGUAAAAUGAAAUUAAUUAUUGAUACUCCUGUUUCAGAUCUUAACGAGGGUGAUGCUCAAAUAUUAGAAGAUUGGCUUAAGAAAAUUCAAAGUGUUUUGCAUGCAAGGAUGAACCAACUUAACAGAAACUAA